CGUGAAUAAAAAUUAAAUUAAAAGGGCCAACAAACAAAACCCUAAAAUCCAAACUUAGAGAUCCUUCUCUUCAAGCUUGUUUUCAAUUCAAAGGCCAAAAAGCCGCACGCGAAACCCUCUUCCACUGCAACCAUGGUUCUGCAAAACGACAUUGAUUUGUUGAAUCCGCCAGCUGAGCUCGAGAAAAAGAAGCACAAGCUCAAGCGUCUCGUUCAAUCCCCCAAUUCAUUCUUCAUGGAUGUGAAAUGCCAAGGCUGCUUCAACAUAACGACAGUAUUUAGCCAUUCUCAAACAGUGGUGGUGUGCGGUAAUUGCCAGACUGUUCUAUGCCAGCCAACUGGUGGUCGAGCUAGACUCACCGAAGGUUGCUCUUUCAGGAAAAAGGGUGACUAAUUCUCGCAGUCUGAGGUUGGAAGACGAGUUUUGAUUUGUGAAUCUUCGACAAUGUGAUGUUAAUUGGAGCAAUGUUUCUUAGUUUGAAAAUGCCAUCUUGCAAAGGUUAACCUGCAAAGAAGUUACAUCUAGAGGCGAUGACUGUUAAAUGAGGUUUUAGUGAGUUAUCAUUUCCUUGAGAAUCAAGUAAUCUAUUUCGAAACUUUUAACCGUAAUAGUGUUCGCUGUUAGCACAAUUUUAGCACUCUACUUGGUGUUUUAGACGCAUCGAAUGAUGCAUUUUUUUUCCCUCUGUUGUGUUGCUGUUUGUUAUUUUUUAUAUUGUGAGGCUUUGGUCGAAUUAAACAGAUACUUGGUGACACACAUCGGAAGGUAGUGCUAUUCAUCUGA